AUGGCUCCUGCGCAUCGUACUGCAGUUAGCAAAUCCAUGGGUUCCAGUAAGUAUAUGCAAGUCCAUAGAAGAGCCACUGCCGCUAACUGUUUCUCUUUUUCACUUCCUCGUGCCUCGGGAGGAAAGUCAUCGAAGGAGAGAGUCGCUGAACUGACUGCUGGUUGGGAAGAGGAAGAGCGGAUCAGCGAUCAGGAGGAGGGUAAGAAGUGCUAUCUAAGAGGAGACUCGUCUUAUCUGGGAGUAACCUAUAGCGAUUCGAAUGACGGCAUUCUCCCAUAUGAGUAUUAUAUCCUAAGAGAAGAUGAGGCAAGAAAGUUGAGGCAUUGCGGUGAUGAGGUUAUCAGAGCUAUCAACCGUGGAUUGAGGGAGACCCUUAGAGGCUUCGGUCGUGGUCCGGAUGAGGCUAAAAUCGUGGCCAUGUUUACUCGUGUUAAAUCCCUGAGUUAA